ACUCCAGUGUCAGUGUACAGAAAGGUCUUAGUGUCUCGAUUCUUUGUAAAUUCACUGCUGCCGAUACAAAUACAUUCUGUAAUUCCUUUGGAUACUGGAGAGAGCUCUAUUCAGAAUCUAUCGUAGCCACCAAUGAUGAAUCCAGUGCUGGGCAAAAAACAAACUUCAAACUGACGGGAAAUCCAGAUUCUGGAGACUGCACCCUGACCAUAACUGAUGCCAGGACAGAAGAUGAGGGGGUGUAUUAUUUACGAUUUCAAGAAAGCAAAGACGGUAAAGUGAAAUAUAAUUAUUACAAAGAAGUGACCACCACUAUUAAAGUCACUGGUCUCACACCUCAGGUCGUACAUAUUCCAUACUAUUCUAUCACAGUGGCUUCCAGUGUCAAGGUACAGGAGGGUCUCUGUGUCACGAUUCCUUGUAAUUUCACUGCUGACUAUAGAAAUACAUUCAGUGAUUCAUUUGGUUACUGGAUGCGGAUGCCUGUACAACUAAAAUAUGUCGUAGCCACUAAUGAUAAAUCCAGUGACGCGCAAAAGACAAACUUCAAUCUGAUGGGCAACCCAGAUUCCGGAGACUGCACCCUGACCAUAACUGAUGCCAGGAGAGAAGAUGAGGGGGUGUAUUAUUUCAGAUUUCAGGAAAGUAAAGACAGUGCAGUGAAAUAUAAUUAUUACAAAGUGACCACCGCUAUUAAAGUUACUGAUCUGACAGAAGAACCCGUCAUCUCGGAUGUUGGAUCACUGAUUGCUGGUGUAAAUAAGACAGUGACCUGCGCUCCCUUAAGAAACUGCCCAGGGAAUUCCUUAGCUUUCCAAUGGAAGAAGAGUAAUGUGGCUGGAAUCUGGAAGAAUUCAUCUACAAUUACAUUUACCCCAUCUAUAGAGGAUGACCAGGAAACAAUCACAUGUGAGAUGACAAGCUCCAGCGGGAAGACAACUCAAAAACACAUUUAUCUUAAUUUUGACUGUUUAACAGAAGAACCAGUCAUCUCAGAUUUUGGAACAUUGAUUGUUGGUGUAAAUAAGACUUUGACCUGCGCUCCUCCAGGAAAUUGCCCUGUGAAAUCUUUAGCUUUCCUGUGGAAGAAGAGUAAUGUGGCUGGAAUCUGGACGAAUUUAUCUACAAUUACCUUUACCCCAUCUAUAGAAGAUGACCAGGAAACCAUCACAUGUGAGAUUACAAACUCCAGGGGGAACACAACUCAAAAACUCAUUCAUCUUAAUGUUGACCUGCCUUUGCUUAAAGACCCUAAAGUCAUUGCUGGAUUAAUAACUGGAAUCAUCAUCGUUGUUUCUGCAAUUCUCUUGGGAAUCGUCUUCCUGGUGAGGAGGAAAAAGAAAGCUGAACCAAGUAGCUUGAAUAACCAUCCAUCAAAUAGCAAAACGGCAAGUGAAGAAAUUUAUGCAAAUAUUCCAAGAACCAGGAACAGCAACAGAACUUGUGUUGCCAUGGAGGAUGUGCACAGGUCGGACAACAUUUACAUGAAUAUUGAAAACUAAAGAUGCAUGUGAUUAAUCGGAGUAUUCCUCUGUACUGACAACAACAUAUAUCAUACAAUGUAAACCCUAACCCUAAUUAUACCCAGUAGUGGUUUAUUGAUAGAUGAUGAUAGAUAGAUAUAUAGAUAAUAAAUAGAUAGAAAGAUAGCUAGAUAAUAGUGAUAUAGAUAGAUACAGGGCCGGCGCCAGCACCCGGCAUACCCAGGCAAGUCCUGGGGCCCACUGCUCCUGAGGAGGCCCACUCCGGUAUCACACAUCCUCCUCCUCACCUUCCUCUGGUGCCGCGAGUGUAGGCCUCCUCAUUAUCGCCCUCCCAGCAGAUUUCAGGGCGUCCAUCUUCCACCUGUCUGAUGAAAUGAUGGAGGAGAGGCCUAUAAAGAAGGGUCAGGUUAGGCCCCGCCUUUUGUACGCAUCAUAUGCACUGUGGGCGUAUUUACUUCCUGACACAGCCAAAAGAGAUAAAGUAGGCGAGUCCUAAGUCGCCUUCUCUGCCCUUGUCAAAGAUGGCGGCAAAUGCCAUGCGUAUCUCAUUACGUAUGACGUUGCCUCUGGGUGCGUUCUACAUGUCUGUUACCUAGGCAACUGCUAGAGUGUAAAGCGCCGCUGUUGGCGGAGAGAGAAGACGUCACCGUCCUGAAGAAAUAAGUCUGGAGAGAACCGAACCGCAAACCGGCAGCAUGCAGCUGAAACUCAUAAAGACCCUGCUGAGCCCACAGGUGACCCCGAAAACUGCAAAUCUGUGCUCCCCAAAUACCACACAUAUAUGCGGCCUUUGGUCCUCUCUGUAUGGUGAUGUGGAGGAGCCAGCAACUCUAUAGGGUGACAUGGAGGGGCUGGCCGCUCUAUAGGGUGACAUAAUGUGAGGGGGACACUGGGGGGAGUCAAUAUACUGUGUGAGGGGGCCAUUGGGGGAGUCAUUAUAUUGUGUGAGGGGGACCUUGUGGGGUUGUUAUAGUGUAUGAGGUCCCCUUACACAGUAUAUUGACCCCCUGUGGCCCCCCAUACAGUAUAAUGACCCCCAGUGCCCUCCUUUCAGUAUAAUGAUCCCAAUGGCCCCUCAUACAGUAUAAUAACCCCCCAGAGCCCCCCAUACAGUAUAAUGACCCCCAUUCAAUAUAAUAGCCCCAGUAGCACCCCUCACAGAUUAUAAUGACACCCAGUGCCCCCUAUUGUGUAUAAUGACCCCCAGUGACCCCCAUACAGUAUAAUGUCCCCCAGUGCCCCCUCCAUACAAUAUGACUCCCACUGCAGUUUCAUUGCCACGAGCUUCGUGCAAACAAGGGGGCGACUGUGUCUUUAUUGCCCAAGAACCCACAUGAACUUGGAGCCGGCCCUGGAAAGAUAGACAGAUAGAUAAUAGAUAGAUAAUAUAAUGAAACGUGGAAUUCUUAAACAUACACUGGUACUGCCGCCCAGCAUAAUUCAGCUAACGAUGAAAAAAUAAUAAUAAAAGAAGUAGAAAAUGUGGAAGUAAGAGAUGUUUAAGUUGUAAGAUUAACAGGAAGAAACAAACCUCCGAACCAUAACCACAAAGGAGAAGGUCUGCUGAGGAGGUCUGUGGUCUGUGGUCAUUUUUGGGUGUGAUGACGAUCUGGGGGCUCAUAUGCAUUGUAUGUGAUUCUGAUUCAGUACUUGGGGGUCUCCUACUGUACAUAAAUUGGGGAGGUGUAAGGAAGGAAAUGUUGUGCUCACAGUUGUUCCUUUAUGAAAUAAAUGAGACAAAAUCAGACAAACGCUGUAAAGAGUAAAAACCUGAUGAUUACUGACCCCCAUUAUCAGGAUCUCAGCUUUAUACUGCUAUCCUAUACCUGCGGAGCAGUACACACCUAUCAGCUCCAGACAGGAGCGCAUGCUGGUGUAUACUUAUAGAGCGCACCUUUAUUCUGUGCAGAUAAAAUAAAAACAAUAUAAUCCUC